AUGUUGGUGCACGAUGCAGCACUGGAGAGUAUCAAAAACGGGGACGUUGGGUUUGGUGCCAAGCUUGCUGAACUCCACAACGUGUCCUCUGGGCUAAAAGCCUGGAUAUCCAACAAAGUAGGCGAAGGGAUUGAGGUAUGCCGUCGACUCUGCGGUGGACAUGGUUUCUCCCAAUCCAGUAACCUUGGGCAUUUGUUUGCGGAGAUUGCAGGGGCCAACACGUUCGAAGGAACGUCGGACGUACUCGUCCAGCAACACACUCGGUAUCUUCUCAAGAAGCUCUCUUUGACUUCUGAUGACAAAUCUGUGCAGUUUGCGAGCAACGCGAAGUCUUACACUCACCACGAGCUACAAAGCAAAGCCGAGGUUCCUGCGGACUUUGGCGAUUUCAAUCUUCUGGUGAAUGCAUUUCGGGCACGCGCUACCCGUUCUCUGCUGGCAUUGAUGGCAUCAAUGGAGGCCACCAACAAGGAUGGCAAUGUCAAUAUAAUUCGCUGA